CAAUGAAGGGCGAGAUGACGUGUGUGUGUGUGCUAGUGCACACACGCGUGCAUGUGUACAUACAGGGAGACCUUACAUACAAAGAGACCUCCCAUCUCCCUUCUCUGGUUGUGAGAACAGAAACAUGUCCCCCACCCCCACUACUCACAGCCUGAGUUCCAACCGUGUUUCUAUUUACUGUCCAAAGUCCUGGGGGCAGGAGGUGACAGGUUAGAUGGACAUUCAGGCACAGGGACCCAGCUCUUACCUAGAUCAGCCCUUCCUCCCUCCCACCUAGCACCACUAACACCGCUUGUCCGGUCUCCCAGGUUUAACCCCUCUUUCUCCUUGGACCUGGGCUGCCUCCAGAAGCCAGAGUCAGCUCUCUAUACCUUUAACAGCUCUUAGGGUCCAUCAUGGAGAAGGACUUUCAAGACAUCCAGCAGCUGGACUCUGAGGAAAAUGACCAUCAGCUCAGUGGUGAUGAGGAACAAGGCCCUCAUGUGCAGAAUCCUAGGACAGAAAAUCCACGUUGGAAAGGACAGCCUCCUCCCAGGCCCUUUCCGCAGCGCCUCUGCUCCAUGUUCCACUUCAGUCUGCUCGCCCUGGCCUUCAACAUCCUCCUGUUGGUGGUCAUCUGUGUGAUUUCAUCCCAAAGCAUGCAGCUGCAAGAGGAGUUUCGGGCCCUGAAAGAAACCUUCAGCAACUUCUCCUCCAGCACCCUGAUGGAGUUCAGGGCUCUGGACUCCCACGGAGGUAGCAGAAAUGACAAGUUGACUUCCUGGAUAGCCAAACUGGAGGGAAAGCAGCAGGAGCUAAAAGCAGACCACUCCACUUUGCUCUUUCACCUGAAGCACUUCCCACUGGACCUGCGAACCCUGACCUGUCAGCUGGCCUUCUUCCAGAGCAAUGGCACAGAAUGCUGCCCUGUUAACUGGGUGGAGUAUGGGGGAAGUUGCUACUGGUUUUCUUUGGAUGGGCUCACCUGGGCUGAGGCCGAACAGUACUGCCAGCUGGAGAAUGCCCACCUGCUGGUCAUCAACUCCAGGGACGAGCAGGACUUUGUUGUAAAGCACAGGGGCUCGUUUCAUAUUUGGAUAGGUCUUACCGACAGGGAUGGCUCCUGGAAAUGGGUGGAUGGAACCGAAUAUAGAAGCAACUACAAGAAUUGGGCCAUCACUCAGCCAGAUAACUGGCAGGGCCAUGAAGAAGGUGGGAGUGAAGACUGUGCUGAAAUUCUGUCAAAUGGCCAUUGGAAUGACAACUUCUGCCAGCAGGUGAACCGCUGGGCAUGUGAAAAGAGGCGCAACAUCACCCACUAGGAGUCUGCUCUAUCGCGUCUACGCACCCCGCCUCAACCCCGCAUGACCCAAUAGGAGUUCGCUCUACCAUGUCUCCGCCCUAUCCCCACCACUGCAUCAUCCCAACAUCCUCACUAGGGAUAUGGGCGCAAGGAAGAGAGACAGAGUCCCAAGCACGAGGAAGGGCUAUGGGAAAACGGAAAGGGGAUGGCUCUAUGGUCUCAUACUUUGGGAAGGCUGAGAUUCUACCCUUCUCCACAAUUCAUUGCAAUUGUUAUAAAUUUCAGCCUUCUGAACGGAGUAGAAAAAGAAACAAAUACGCAAAA